CUAAUAAAGCACCUAUGAAUUGACUUUAAGAGCAGAAGUGGAGUGGCAACAAAACUACAGAGCUUCAGAGGUGAGGAGGAAGAAGGUCUGUCACUCUUCCACUAGAAUCUCAGGCAAGUAUCAUCUUCUUGAAAGCUACUCAUCCUUCUAGACCCAUGACAGAUAGAUGGUAUCUGGAGCGUGAACGGGCAGUGGAAUGGCUCUGAGGGGCCGCCAAAGGCCUCUCCGGCUGGAGCAGUUGGACUCCGCCAUGAGCAGCUUUUCGGCAAGCCUGGAUCACUAUGACCUGCAGGAAGAUGCUGAGGAGCUGGAUAUGAGCUACAGCACUGAUCACUGUGAUGGCAAGCUGUUGGAAUCAAGACCCAUCCCUUUUCAAGCGAUAUACAUGUUUGUUCCUUUCAAGUCUUUGGACUGCACAGUGUUUCUGGAGGAUGUGCCAAUCCACGUGCAAGUGACUGAGGUGGAGCGCUUCACAUAUACAAGGGUGUUGAAUCCCAACCUGUAUACCAUCGAGCUGAGCCACGGGAAUUUCACAUGGAAAAUCAAACGACGUUUCAAACACUUCCAAACUCUUCAUCAGGAGCUUCUAAAGUUCAAGGCCCUCUUAAAGAUCCCACUGCCAAGUCGAAUUCACUCGGUCAAAAGGAGAUCAUUUAAAGGCCGCAAGAUGUUUCAGGGAGAACACAUGCCCACACUGCCCCGCAGACCUGAUGCCUUGGUCAAAGAGGAACAGCUAAUCAGCAGAAAAAUGCAGCUUGAAGACUAUCUCAAGAAUAUUUUGAAAAGAUUGUUAUAUAGGAAUCAUCCUGCAACACUUGAAUUCUUAGAAGUGAGUCAAAUAUCGUUUAUCCAGGAGCUUGGACCAAAGGGCAUUGAAGGUUUUAUCCUGAAAAAAUCUGGAGGAAACACGUUUCCAGUCUGUUACUGGUGUGGAUCCAACAGUGUGUGUUAUCGCUGGUCGAAAAGAUGGCUGGUGGUGAAAGACUCCUUUGUUCUCUACAUGAGGCCCGAGGAUGGCCAAGUAGGGACGGUGAUUCUCUACGAUAAGGGCUUCCACAUCAAAAUAGGGACCCAAGAGACUGGAGUCAGGCAUGGAGUGACAAUUGAGAAUCUUUGCAGGGCACUUACCAUUAAGUGUUCAACGUAUAGGCAGGCUCGCUGGUGGGGGCACUCCAUUGAUGAUUUUGCCCAGAGGUUUGGGCAGGACUUUUUGAGAGAAAAUCGGCAUGGCUCUUUCGCCCCUGUCAGAGAAAACACAACGGCACAGUGGUUUGUCAACGCAGCUGGGUACUUUGAUGCCAUAGCUGAUGCCCUGGAAGGUGCAAAGGAGGAAAUCUUCAUCACAGCCUGGUGGCUGAGUCCAGAGAUCUUCCUCAGAAGACCAGUGGUGGAUGGGAACACGUGGAGAUUAGACCAUGUUUUAAAACGAAAAGCGGAACAAGGCGUAAAGAUCUGUGUCUUACUCUACAAAGAGGUUGAAGUCAUCUUGGGCCUUAACAGCGAAUACACUAAGAAGACUCUGAUGGGCCUUCACUCCAACAUCAUGGUGAUCCGACACCCUGACCACGUUCCGUCCACAGCACUCCUCUGGGCUCACCAUGAGAAGUCAGUGGUGAUUGAUCAGUCGCUGGCCUUCCUGGGGGGCAUCGACCUUGCCUAUGGGAGAUGGGACGACUACCAGCACAGACUGACCGAUGUAGGCAGUGUGAGAAGGAGUCCUCAGCCCAGUCCUGCACUGUCCCCUAGCCUCACCAGACAGUCUGCUGCUACAGUGCUGGAGGAGGAUGAGGAGAUGAAGUUCAGUGUGGUGCUGGAGGAGGAGCUGCUGGGUGGAAAUGGAACAGGACAGCCAGUGGAGGAACAGGGGGAGAACAGCAUGUCUCUCACCCUCCCCAUCAGCAAACCCCACGCAGUAUCAUCAGAAGAUAAGAGCAGACGCAGCUCAGAGGCCACAGAGUCCAAGCAUUGCAGCAGUAGGAACAGUGUGAGCUCCAGAUCGCUGCCUGCUCGAGACUGGUACACUAAGAGUGUGUCUCUGCGUUCAAGUGACUCCUACUCACUGGGUCUUCACCACUCACUCCUGUUGCCUCACGACACCAGCUCCCUCAGAAGUCACAUUAGCAGCACAGAGCUGUGCGGAGAGACGCGCUUCUGGCACGGCAAAGACUACUGCAACUUUAUCCUCAAAGACUGGGUUAAGCUCAACAAACCUUUUGAUGAUUUCAUUGAUAGGUAUAAAACACCAAGAAUGCCCUGGCAUGACAUUGGAGUGGCUGUUCACGGGAAAGCUGCAAGAGACAUUGCCCGACAUUUCAUUCAGAGGUGGAACUUUACAAAGCUGGUGAAGAAGCGUUCAGGGGCGACGGGUUAUCCCUGCCUCAUGCCCAAGUCUCUCUCUGCACCCAGUGAGCUGCCAGAGAUGAGGGUUAAACAUACACAGGCCAACGUGCAGGUUUUGAGGUCUGUGUGCCAGUGGUCCAUAGGCACAAAAGUGCAUGAGGAAUCCAUUCAUCUGGCCUACAUCUCAGCCAUUCAGAACAGCAAACACUUCAUCUACAUAGAGAACCAGUUCUUCAUCAGCUGUGCUGACAAGACCAUCCACAACUGUAUUGGAGAUGCCCUAACUGAGAGAAUCCUUCGAGCAUACAGGGAGAAGAAAAAGUUCAGGGUUUACGUGGUGAUGCCUCUGCUGCCCGGCUUUGAAGGCGACAUCUCCUCUGGAGGGGGCCAAGCCAUCAAGGCAAUCAUGUACUUUAAUUACAGGACCAUGUGCAGAGGUGAUUACUCCAUUAUCGAGAGACUCAAAUGUGUGAUGUCAGACUGCUGGAUCAACUACAUCUCAUUCUGUGGCUUGCGCACGCAUGCUGAUCUGGACGGGCGCCUGGUCACUGAACUCAUCUAUGUUCACAGCAAGCUCAUGAUCGUGGAUGACUGCACUGUCAUCAUUGGCUCUGCUAACAUCAAUGACCGAAGCAUGCUGGGUAAGAGAGACAGUGAGAUGGCGGUGGUGGUGGAGGACAUGGAGUUCCAGGACUCACUCAUGGAUGGAGAGAUUUACCAGGCUGGCAGCUUUGCCUUGUCGCUAAGAGUGGAGUGUUUCAGGCUUGUGCUUGGGUUAAUGGGAGACUACAGCAUGGACAUCAGCGACCCCAUCAGUGACCGCUUCUACAAGGAGAUUUGGAUGGUGACUGCAGCGAGGAAUGCCAGUGUUUACGACAAGGUGUUCCGAUGCCUACCUACAGAUGCAGUGCUGAACUAUAAGAUCCUGAGGGAGUACAUGUCUCGCUCCUGCAUGGCAACUGAAGACCCCAUCCAGGCUUGCGCCGAACUCAGGAAGGUACGUGGCUUCCUGGUCCAGUUCCCCUUCUACUUCCUGUCUGAGGAGAACCUCUUUCCUUCCUUAAACUCUAAAGAGGGUAUCAUGCCCGUGGAGCUGUGGACAUAGCCUUAUGGGAAAUGUAGUAACAUGUUACAGUAAAACUUCAGGGUCUCUUCAAAAUUUACAUACCUAAUAUAUAAUUAACUGUCAGUGGUCUUGUAUGUUUAAAAUUUGAUUGUUUUCUUUCUUUUUAGAGACAAAAAUGAAACGUAUGGCAUAGAUGUUAAAACUACCUCUUAAAGAAAUGUCUAAGCUGGCUUUAAAUAUGGCUUUUGAAACACCUUAGCUUGCCAAGAGUGCCUAAUAGCCUCAUGCUUCUCACUCACUUCAGUCUUAUUCUCUGUUUAAUAUGGGCCUUGUGAGAUAAACACUGACAUGUCUGAAAAAUAAAUGUAAAUAAAUGAAAGAGAAUGACAUUUGUAAACUAACCACAUACUGACCAUGAAUAAAGCUUUUUUUAAUCUU